AUGGCGACAGUUAAUUCAAGCCAAGCACAGAUGGAUGUCCCAGCUCCCCUGCCUGGUAGCCAACCCAACAGCCCUCAGCCGACUGAGGACCUUACGGAAGAUGUUGCUGAAAAGAGCAGAUCUGUUGUACCCUACCUACUAGAAAAUAGUCCAGAAUUCCGAGAACUCAGUGAUGUGAGACAGCAGGGAUGGGACGCCCCAGAAGGCGACAAAUAUUUUGAGAACCUUCGUCAAAAUGCGGAUAAGUCGGACAAAAAGACGGCGACUUACUUCUAUAAGUUUAUGAACACAAUCGGACACGAACUUGACAAAGCCACCAAUGCCUUCAAAAUCCAACCAGUUGAUUCAACUCCACCUGCGAUUCUCGAUAUCUGCAUGGCCCCCGGUGCAUUUCUCGAGAUAGCAUUGAAAAAGAACCCAGGCUCACACGCUCUGGCUUUUAGCUUGCCUGUCUCCUGUGGAGGGUAUAGGAGCCGUCUGGCAAGCGGCUUGAAUGUCAAGCAAGUAUUUCUCGACGUGACUAUGCUUGCUGCCGACAUGGGUGUAGACCAGAUCCCUGGGGGCCAUGAAGAUUCUGAAAACUUUUUGCCCCGGCAACUUGACGAAGGUCGGCUUUUCGAUUUCGCCAUAUGUGACGGUCAGGUCUUAAGGCAGCAUUCACGCGCUCCAUAUCGAGAGAGCCGGGAAGCGAGAAGACUGGCCGCCACGCAGCUCGCUCUGGGUCUCCAGCACCUUAGACCUGGUGGCACUCUGAUCGUUCUUCUUCACAGACUUGAAGCGUGGAACAUAGCCAACCUCAUUUGGAUGUUUCACAAGAUCUCCCUGGUUCGGCUUUUUAAGCCAAAGAAAGGUCACGCCAAGCGCUCGUCCUUUUACAUGGUUGCUACCAAUGUGGAAAGCCAACACCCAGAGGCUGUCGAAGCAGUCAGGCGGUGGAAGGAAAUCUGGCGGAUUGCUACAUUUGGCUCCGAUGAAGAGUAUGGCGAGAUGACCUUGGAUAAAGACCAAUCUGUAGAAACAUUGGUCGAGGCUUUCGGGCCCAAACUCGUGAAAUUGGGCAAGCCAAUAUGGAAGACACAGGCAAAUGCCCUGGCUAAGGCUCCAUUCAUGAAGAAGCCAAAGUGA